AAAUUUUGCAAUGUGUCAGAUGUUAAGCAUGUUUUGAUUUGUUCCAGUAGCCGGAUCGAGCUGGGAGAUGUGACGCCACACAACAUUAAGCAGCUGAAGAGGCUAAACCAGGUCAUUUUUCCUGUCAGCUACAAUGACAAGUUCUACAAGGAUGUACUGGAGGUUGGCGAGCUAGCCAAAUUAGCCUAUUUCAAUGAUAUUGCAGUGGGAGCAGUGUGCUGUAGGGUGGAUCACUCCCAGAACCAGAAGAGACUGUACAUCAUGACACUUGGAUGCCUGGCACCCUACCGAAGGCUAGGAAUAGGAACUAAAAUGUUGAAUCACGUCUUAAACAUCUGUGAAAAAGAUGGCACUUUUGACAACAUCUAUCUGCAUGUCCAGAUCAGCAAUGAGUCCGCAAUUGACUUCUACAGAAAGUUUGGCUUUGAGAUCAUUGAGACGAAGAAAAACUACUACAAGAGGAUAGAGCCCGCAGAUGCUCACGUGCUGCAGAAGAACCUCAAAGCCCCUUGUCUUGGCCAGAACGCAGAUGUGCAAAAGACCGACAACUGAACAAAACCCCAACGAACACUUUCUUGCACUUGCUUGUCGCCAAAUAAGGAAAGAGAGGCCUCUUGAUAUUUUCUUCCUUUUUUUAUUUUUUACUCCACCCCUUCAUCUUAAUUUUUUUUCUUGACCUCUCUCCAACGAAAUGUAAUGCUUCUUCCAAGGAUUGUCCAAUCAUAUUUGGGGUUGGUUUUUUUUUUGAGCUUUCUUUUUUUGGUGGGGCUUUUUGGGUUUUUGUUUUUGUUGGGGUGGGAAAAGGUGUGCAGAUUUUUUAAGUUUGAGGUGUGGAGGGCUUGAGCAGGUUAUCCUGAUGACAAGUUUCCUUCAGAAUUAUCUCUUUCAGUAAGCAGAAUGUAAAUCCAAUGGGGGAAAAAAGGAAAAGCAAUAUCUUGUCCUUUGACUCCUACAUUAUUGUGUUUUUUAUAACCUACAGGGUACUUUACUCCCCCCCCAAACCUUUGAAUGUUACUUCAGUACUUCCCAUUCUUCCUCUUAAUUCCCCCCGCCUCAGAAAAGUAUGUUUAGUUAUUCCCAAUAUUUUUGAGUAUGGCUUUUUCCUCCAUCUUUUGCUGAGAAGGGUGGGUUACUUUACCAUACCUUUUCACUCUGCC